AUGUCAAAUGGAUCAAUGGUCACCGUUGGAAAUGGACAAAGUCUGUCCGAUUUAUUUCAUAAAUUUGUUCGAAUGACUGUUAAAACAGAUGAUCGAGAAGGGCGCUUUAAAAAACAUCAUUCUGUUUCAAAAAGUCAACAAAGAUCAGUUUAUAAUUCACCUAACUCGCAACGAACUCGGCGUUUAGUUGUUCAAGCAACUUCUCGAGUACCACCACGGCAUUAUAAACGUACUUCUACUGUUGCUUAUUAUAAUGUUUCACCGAUCACAACUGAAAAUAAUAGUUAUGUUUAUACUGAUGAUGAAGAACAAGAUAGUUAUUAUUCAUAUUAUGUAAGAUUUAUCGAUUUAUUUCUCCUAAACUUCUGUCUGUAUGAGUUUUAUUAUAUCAUUAAAAUUAAAUUAAAAUGA